AUGUUUGGAAUGAAAGUUGUAUUCAUUGUGGGCUUGUCACUUGCCUUUGCUUCGGCUCAACGUCCCGGUGGAGUGACUCCACUCAGUGGCGAUGAUCUGGUGUCUGCUACGAAUGUGCUGAACAAUUCAUUGGAGAAGCUGGCUAGCGGCGAUGGACCAAAUUAUAAAUUGGGCAAAGUUAUCUCAGCUAGUCGUCAACUUGUUUCGGGUUUUAAAUACGUUUACGAAGUGGAGCUCGUUUCUGAGAACAACACCAAGAAUUGUAAUGUGGAGAUCUGGUCACAGCCCUGGUUGCCCAAUGGCAAUGAAGUCACCUUUGAUUGCCCCGAUGGCAAAGUGGUGAAGAGACACAACUAAAGCUGUCAAGUCGAAUAAGUUCCAAUGUCGAUUCGCUACUAAGAGUGGUUUCGCUGAUUAAAGAACUGUUUAGUCUGCCUGCUAUAAUAUUGUGUCCGAUUUUUGGAUUUAUUAGGAAUACCUGCGGUUUGAAUUUAAAUUGAAAAUAUAUUAACAUACAUUUAAUUGAGAAAAGUAAGCACGGUUUGGCAAUUGACAUAAAUUCAACAUUUCCUUGUCUUCCAUAACAAAAUCGGAAUCACUUUUAGCAUUAGAUGUUAUCGCUCAAAGAACUGUGACAUAUUGUAUAUUAUUAUUUCUUUCUUUAAUAGUGGAAAUUAUCUUAGCUUGAGUGAAUACAAAAAAUAUAUAUUUUAUUUGAAAAGUAUUUAAUAUAUUAAAGUCGACUCAAAGGGUAAUUUAAUAUUAAUUUGUGCUUAUAUUGUGUAGUAUUUACAUUAGCUAGUAUUCACUAUACAAGGUUGGUAAAUACAGCUGUGUAAUGUUUUGAGUUAUGAACUGAUAAGCCGUCGUAUCAAUUUUUGUUGCUUUGACCUAUGAGUCGGCUUUCCAAUCUUGAAUUUGUAUUAUUCUUGCACGAAUACAUAUUAUUAUGUGUUCUCUUUA